AUGCAAAACCAGCCAAUUAAUCCUGUCGCGUUCAAAGGAAAAAGAAAAGGUGCUCCAUUAGAAGAAAGAUUGAGGAGAGUUACCUAUAUGAUUGUAGCAGCUUGUUUAAUUGGCUUUUUGAUUCCAACUACAAAAAUAUUUAGCACAUUCAAGAGCGCAAACUGCACAGAAAAGAACUCAUUUAGAUUUGGUGUCCUGUGCACAAUCAUCUUCUUAAUUCUUGCUGUCUACAUUUAUAUAAGGACUUGGGGAAUCCAUGAAAACAGAUCUGAAAGAAUGAUGAAAGAUCAUCCUAUACCAGCUUUUUCAAUGACAUUUGCAUUCUUGUUCGCUUUGUUUUCAUUUUUCUUUCUUUUCCUCGAUGUUAUGGGUUUCUUGGGUGCCAUUUUCUAUUUUGCCAUUUGCGUUUUCUUAUAUAACGCACUCAUUGCAUUUUCUUGCUAA